AUGCCGGCGGAACGUCGGAACAGAGCCUCACCGGCAAAUACUACAGUCUGGGCGUGUACAGAAUGCAAGCGUCGAAAAGGAAAGUGUUCGGGGGAGACACCCUGCGCCUUCUGCCAGAAAGCAAACCGAACAUGCACAUAUGAGGCCAGGCCAGUCCGGCUUCCACUGACCAGGAAAAACUUGGACUACCUCCAAGCCCGGUGUGCCAAACUCGAGACGCUUCUCCGGACGCUCGACCCCAGCAUCGACAUCGACACGCUCCUUUCCAGCCCCGACUGCAACUCUUCCGACGAUGGCGACAUAGCUGCAGAGCAGUACGGCGAUGGUGACCUCGAAGAGAUGCUACCCGAGAGCGAGAACGUCUGCGGGUUCGAGUGGCACGAGCGGGAGAUCAACGAGCUGUCGGAUGGCAUGGCCAGUCUCAAUGUUGACAGUCGAGACGUUGGGUACCUUGGUACCUCUUCUGGCGCAGCCCUCCUACGGACAGUUCAUCGUCUGAUUUCUAGACAGAGCGAUUCGCCGCAGCCUUUGUUGUUAACGCCUACACCGUCAAUUUCGAGGAUUGCGCAGAGCCUUACUACAACACUGACGGCGUCGCUCCUGAUCGAUGCUUAUUUCGAACACUAUCAUCCAUCGUACCCGCUUAUCCAUGAGCCUUCAUUCCGGAAUACAUGCAAUAACCUCAACACGCUUCCGCCAUCGUCUUCGUUUCGGCUGGUCUAUGGAAUGGCACUGACGCUUGGUGCAUUCACGGCAUACGAUGGUAGCAACAGUGAUGAAAUGGAUGUCGACAUGAGGAUCUGGACUGCCGUCCGUGGCGGGCUGUCAAUGGCAAGUAUUCUUGAGUCGGGCACGCUGGAGCGUGUACAGGCUCUUGCAAUGAUGGGGCAGUAUCUACAGAAGAGGGAUCGCCCAAAUACGGGGUAUAACAUGAUGGGUACAGCAGUACGGAUGGGGUUCGGAUUGGGCCUGCAUCAUGAGGGUUACCGGUGCGUGAGCGAGACAUUGGGUCGGGAGCAUAGGAGGAGAGUGUGGUGGUUACUGUAUAUUUUCGAUGUCGGCGCGAGUAUUACGUUUGGGAGGCCUGCAGUAGUGAGCGACAGGGCCUCAACAAGGAUUCCGGUGAAUGUGGACGAUGCGGAACUCACGAGCCCCACAUCCCCACUCCCACCUGCAACAAGUGGCAUAACGACCUACACCGCGAUGAUUGCCCACGCCUCACUCGUACGCCUCGCCGCACGAAUCCACAGCUACUUGAUCUCCCGACAGUACCACAACCAGCUCUCACGCGAGCUGAUACACGCCUUCGACACCCAGAUCCACACCUGGCACGCCUCGCUCCCACCCUUCUUCACCACCCCCGCCUCCACCGUCCCCGCGUGGUUCCGCGAGCCGCGCGCAGUCGUGCUCUGGAAAGAGCUCAACCUGCGCAUGAUCAUGUACAAGCGCUUCCUGCCGCUGCUACAGAAGGGCAAGCGGCAGCUGCCCGACCGCGACGCGGCAAUCUGCAUCUCGCUGGCGCUGGAGACCAUCGCGAGCGUGCGCGAGUAUGUAAAGACCGAGACGCUGCGGCGGGGCGUGGCCUGGUACUGCACGUAUUUUGUGUUUCAGGCGGCGCUGGUGCUGGUCAUUGCGGUGCUGAAGACGGAGGAGCAGGAGGCGGUGUGGGCGGAGGGGCUGGAGAGCGCGGAGGUGUGUUUGGAUGCGGCGAGGGGGUGCCUGGGUGAUGGGGCGGGGAGGUGCUUGGAUGUGUUGAGGAGGGUGGGGAGGUUGUGGAGUGGUGGGGACGAGGAGGUGGUGUUGGAGGGGAGUGGUAAUUUGUUGGUGGGUAUGGAGGAGUGGAGUGGUGGCAUUGGGGUGGAUGGGUUGGGGAUUGAGGGGAUAGGGGGCUUUGAUGCAGCGGGUGCGGUGGGUUUGGAGGGAUGGAUGAGUAUGGCUGAUCAGGGUUACGAGGACUUGUUGGAUGCGAAUCUGUUUACCAGUGAUACGUAA